UCGCGUGAGGUGGAGCGCGUAGUCGCGUCCGAGGUUUAAGUCUCGCGCAGGCGUGCUAGCUCCCCGUCGCUAUGCGGGUGCUUGUAGGUGGCGGGACGGGAUUCAUUGGGACAGCCCUAACCCAGCUGCUGAGAAGCAGGGGCCACGAAGUUACGUUCGUCUCCAGACAGCCUGGGCCAGGUCGAGUCACGUGGAGUGAGCUCAGUAGUUCGGGGUUGCCCCCCUGCGAUGUUGUCAUCAACCUAGCUGGAGAGAACAUCCUUAACCCUCUGCGAAGAUGGAAUGAAGCCUUCCAAAAAGAGGUUCUUAGCAGCCGCCUGGAAACCACCCACUUGCUGGCCAGUGCCAUCACCAAAGCCGCACACCCACCCCUGGCUUGGAUACUAGUCACAGGUGUAGGUUACUACCAGCCAAGCCUGACCAAGGAGUACGAUGAGGACAGCCCAGGAGGGGAUUUUGACUUUUUCUCCAACCUGGUAACCAAAUGGGAAGAAGCAGCCAGGCUCCCAGGAAAGUCUACGCGCCAGGUCGUGGUGCGCUCAGGGGUUGUGCUGGGCCGUGGGGGUGGUGCCGUUGGGCACAUGCUCCUGCCCUUCCGCCUGGGCCUAGGAGGCCCCAUUGGUUCAGGUCACCAGUUCUUCCCCUGGAUACACAUCCGUGACCUGGUGGGAAUUUUGAAUCAUGCCCUUGAAGCAAACCACGUCCAAGGAGUCCUGAAUGGAGUAGCUCCAGCAUCUACCACUACCAAUGCUGAUUUUGCCAAAGCCUUGGGUGCUGCCCUGGGCCGCCCAGCCUUCAUACCUGUCCCCAGCACUGUGGUACAAGCAGUCUUUGGACGAGAACGUGCCAUCAUGCUGUUGGAAGGCCAGAAAGUGGUCCCGCGGCGGACACUGGCCACUGGCUACCAGUAUUCCUUCCCAGAGCUGCAAGCUGCCUUGAAGGAUGUCGUAGCCUAAGUGGAGAAGGAUCCCCAAAGCAGGGGCUGGGCCUGUUCCUGCAUACUGAGAACUGAGUCGGGGAUCCCUAUAUUUUAUGAUCAGAAGCCUUCUGGGUCUUAGAAUCUUCCCCUGUUCUGUUGCUCUAAGCCUGUCUGAGAAACCCCGGUCUCAAGGAUGUACUCUCAUUCUAACCUUAACCUCCUCAACUUCCUGUGGCUUCCGUGUGUCACACUGUUGCCACCGUCCUCCCAGAGGCUGUGUAGAGAAACUUCUAUAGUUACGGCAAUAAAGAUAAAUCAUACCACUA